AUGGGAACCAUGCCAACCGAGGAUACAGAAAUGGCAUCUGAAACACGAUCCUUGAUGUGCUUGAAUUGUCAAAGUCCAAUGAAGGUUGAUGUGAAAUUGAAAAUAGACAAAAAUAAAAAGACUUCAGAAGUGGAAACUUCUGCAUCUGCAACCGGACAGUCUUGCAAUCUAAUGGAACUCAUCUGUGAUGCUGAAGUCCCUUCGGGAGCCCCUAUUUGCAAGGAAUGUUCCGACGAGCUGUUAGUGGGCAUGGACCAGCAGCUGAAAUUACUUGAGGAUGAUUGUGCAGCAUACAGACAGUUAAUCGAUAUGCUGAAAGAGAAGUAUUCGAACGCAGAUCUUGCUUCUAUGAAGCAGACGUUGAGGAAUCUGCAGGAUGAAGAGCGUGCUUUGAAAGCGCAGUACGAGCAACUGUGUGCAGAGGAACAACGACUCGAUGCAGAGCUUCUGGAGAAGAAAGCUCAACUGGAGGAAAAAACAGAGGAAGAAGCAGGAAGAUGGCGUCAGUUCAGAGACAAUCACAGGCGACUUCUUGACAUUGAUGAAAAGAUACGCAAAGCAGAUGCUCAACUACGUUAUUAUGCUGAACAACAUCGAAAACUUGCUAACACGAACGCACUCGAUCUCGUUUUCCAUAUUUGGGUGGAUCCAGCAGACGGAAUGAUUGGGGAGAUAAAUGGUUUUCGACUUGGACGUCUGCCAGAUCGACUUGUCGAUUGGCCGGAGAUAAACGCAGCUUGGGGACAGCUAGUUUUGCUUCUGGAUACAUUAAUGCAACGAGCGAAUUUCAAGCAGGAGAACUUCAAGUUGAUAACUAUGGGCAGCUAUUCAUGCAUUAAACGAAAACGCUCAACGGGAGAGGAAGUGAAGUAUCCGCUUUUCGCAUCCGGUAGUUGGAAACCGUUUGGGAAUAAUAACAUGGAUAGCGGGAUAAUGGCCUACCUUCAAUGUUUCGAAGAUCUACGUGUUGCAUUGCAGAAGCAGAAUCCGCGCUUCGAGAUUCCACAUCGUAUCAGCAAGGACUGUCUUGUUCAUGGAUCCAUGGAAUAUUCCGCAAAGAUGCUGUUGAACAGUGAGGAACGUUGGACGAAAGCGAUGAAGUUGCUACUUACUAAUUUGCGUGCCACAAUUGUACAAAUUUCUGCAAUAAGACCUAGUAGCGUAUAA